AUACUAUUUACAAAAAUAAAUAAUAGAAUAUAAAGGAACCUUUAUGAUAGUGGCAUAGAUUGACGUAUUCAGCCCUAUAUCGCGGAGUAACGUUUCUCCGCUGGUACCCCGCGAAAACCUACCUCACGCAGCAACAUUAGUACGACCAGCAAUUGAAGUGAACAAUUCCUCUUCACGGUCAAUUCAACAUGCCAUAUCUGGAGACCAGUGCCGAAUGGUACGAGCAGUCGUCGCUGCUUCUGAAAGCACGACCGUCAACGACACGCAUAACCUCCAAAUACACCGUCCUUAAACCCUCCGCAUCGAAAGUCUCAAAACGCGAAAGAUUUGCUUCAAAAAGAUCCGAAAGAGGAGGUAGCGCGACAGGUUCACCGCCACCCACCGUGCAGAACCCCGAGGAGCCAGUAGCCACCUUCAAGCUCAAGACAUACGACCCCGUGUCUGGAACAUGCCUACAAUAUGAGACAAACAAAGCGGCGGAGGUUGGGAGGCUUAUUGGAACACUGAGUCGGUUGGGAAGACACCAGGCGGCUUUACCAGAACUUCCGGAAGAUCUGACACAAGCUGCUUCAGCAGAGGGCAUCUCGACUCCAGUCGUGGAAUCAGACCAAAAGCUUGGGGCGCCAGCUGCUGAGCAGAAAGCUGCAGGAGGCAAGAAGAAAAAGAAGGGAAAGAAAUGAGAUUUACGAUCAAUCAAUUAAUAUUAUAUGAAGACCUAGGAAACUGGCUACACGCGAAAGCAUGAUACAAAACGUCUGAAAAUAAGCAGAACGAUGCACAGGAGGCGCCUCAUCCCGGCAUUUUAGAGUUUGUCAAUUUCAUCUUUGCGGAUAACCGAAGUGGGAGCGGCAAUGUAGAUACCCUGGUACGCGAUGAUCUUCACGGACAUAGCACAUUCAAUUGAAGAAUUAAACAUCACACAA